GCAAACAGCUGACCGUUGUCCUGUGGAUAUUUUUUCUACAGUAUUUGGGCUCCGUCCUCUGCUUCCGCAGCUCCUCCCUCCUGCACAUAAAAGCCUCACCACGAUCAAAGUUUGGUGCGACAUCCACCCACUCUGCAAUCGGGCAGCAACUUACGUGCAGACAGAGCCGAGACCAGACCGGACCGGCGUCGUCUCUACAUGGCCACCUCCCCACUCAUGCCUUGGAAACGAGUCCGAGAAGCAACCUAAUGUAAGGCGGGCCAGGCAGUGGACAAAGACGUUUACUCGGCAAGGAGAACUCUGAAAGUAGAAUAUGGUUCCUGCAGUCCUCCAUCCCAUCCACAUACUCAUCGCUGUGGUCCAUCUGGCCCACGGUGGCGCAUUCUCCAGAAGCAAAACAUCAUCGCAACAAUACCAGCCGCAACCGCAGUACAACGAUGGCCAUCCACAACAGCCCUUCUCAGGAAACGAGAUGCCGUUACUGGGUCAGUACGGUAUGGAGCUCCCUCAGCUUCCAUUUGAGUUGGGCAAAGAGCGGCUAUUGACGGAAAGCAAAGGGCAAACAUUCAGAGGAGCCAAAGGUCCACCUCCCCAUGUUUCUAGUGGAGAAGGACCUCCUGGCAUUCAAGGCCCACCGGGACCUCAGGGACCACCAGGGCUACCAGGACAGGGAUUGCAGGGAAUACCAGGAAAACCAGGUCCCACUGGUCCUCAAGGGUACCCGGGAAUAGGCAAACCAGGACUGCCAGGAUUGCCUGGAAAACCAGGAGGACCUGGAUUGCCUGGGCCACAAGGUGAAUCAGGACCUAGUGGUCGUGAGGGCCCAAAUGGACUUCCUGGUCCUCAAGGACGUCCGGGUCCACCUGGCCUCCCUGGAAUUGCGAAGGUUGGAGGUCAAGGUCUGCCAGGACAGCUGGGUGUUCAAGGUGAGCCGGGUCAAAGAGGUCCUCCUGGGCUUUCUGGUCAACCAGGCCUCAAAGGAGAAAAAGGAAUUGGCAUACCUGGUUUGCCUGGGUUGAAAGGACCUAGUGGACCACCGGGUCCACCUGGACAUGUUGGGAUGCCUGGGAUUGGCAAACCUGGUGUGAAUGGUCAUCCCGGGCAUCCGGGAAUGCCAGGAAAAGUUGGUGCUCGUGGACAGCCGGGACCAGCAGGACCACCCGGUGACAAAGGCCAACCGGGUCCACCGGGCUCAUCUGGAAUUGGAAAAGCAGGGAAAGAUGGCUUUCCUGGUCAACCUGGGCUUCCUGGAAGCAAAGGUGCACCGGGCUCUCCAGGAUUACCAGGAAGUCCAGGUUUGCCUGGUUAUGGCAAACAAGGCUUUCCAGGACCCAUGGGUCACAAAGGACACAGCGGUGUUCCUGGAUCAACAGGUCUAAAAGGAGAAAAGGGUCAUGCAGGCCUUCCAGGUGUUAUUGGUCAGACAGGUUCUAGUGGCAGACCUGGUCAGCCAGGCCCAAUGGGGCCACCAGGCAGCAUUGGCUUCCCAGGGCAAAAGGGUGAUGAUGGUGAUUUUGGGCCGAAAGGAAAUCCUGGAUUGAAAGGGGAUUCAGGGUUACCAGGCCUUCCGGGACAGCCAGCCUUCAUGGGCGAGGUCGGACAACCUGGACCGAGAGGAUUUCAAGGACCCGUGGGCCCAAAAGGGGAACCAGGUAACAGGGGUUUAAUUGGUGCCCCCGGUACAGCAGGAUUACCUGGGCCAAGAGGAGCAGUAGGCCAACCUGGUGAUAAAGGCCAUCAUGGACCACAGGGGAUCCCAGGACUUUCAGGACCAGGUGGUCCAAUAGGACCUCCAGGAAUGCCUGGUCUAAAGGGGGAAAUAGGCCCUUCUGGUUUACCAGGCUAUCCUGGUGAGGGAACACCUGGACCGGUGGGUCAAAUUGGUCCUAAGGGUAACACUGGCCCUAUUGGACCUCAGGGACUUCCUGGACAACCAGGGCAACCUGGACCCCCUGGUCCUCCAGGACUCCCUGCAACAUAUCCUGACCUCAGCCAAACCCUUGCAGUGUCGGGUCCAUACAGUGGUCAAAAACAAGCGUACAAAAAGGCAAGGAAUAGUGGCAACACUGGUGGAAAUGCCUUGGAGAUGCCAGCUUUCACAGCAAAGCUCACAAAUCCAUUUCCAUCUGUCGGUUCCCCCGUGAUCUUCGACAAAAUCCUACAGAAUGGCAACCAGGACUACAAUCCUCAAACUGGUGUUUUUACAUGCAGUGUACCAGGGGUUUACUAUUUUUCUUACCACGUCCACUGCAAAGGGAGUAACGUGUGGGUGGCACUGAUGAAGAACAACGAGCCAAUGCUGUACACUUACGAUGAGUGCGUCAAGGGCUUGCUGGACCAGGCAUCCGGUAGCGCUGUGCUCCCGUUACAGCAGGCUGACAUGGUCCACUUGCAGCUGCCGUCUGAGCAGGCAGCAGGACUUUACGCCAGUCAGUACGUCCACGCCAUUUUUUCGGGAUACUUAUUGUACCCAAUUUAAUUGAAAGCACUUGUAUUUAAAAAUAUCAUGACUGAAGCGGCAAAUGAAGUGAACCUGUUUGGAUCUUCAAAAAGGAUCUUCACUGUGGUGAAUGUUUUAUUUGGGGAUUAUGAGAAGAUGGAUGAAAUGACAAUCGGCCAUUGUUGUUUACUUUUUUUUUUUUUUUGAAAUCAUAUAAAAAAAAAAACAACGAUUGACUCAUA